AUGCGGAAGAUUUCACUAGACUUUCCAUAUGUACCAUAUGAAAGUAUAUUAUUAAAAAGAGAAUUUAUAACCUAUGAAGACAUAAUAAAUGAUACUCGUACAGAUCACAGAUAUAUUCAAGUUCAAAAAAAUGAAUUUUUCGAGCAUAAUGGAAGAACAUGUUUUUUUUGUAAUAAAAGCCCUUUUAUAACUUACAGAAAAGCUAGAAUAAAUUGUGAACUUUUAGAAAAAUAUAGUAGAUUAAAAUCACAACACAGACUUUUAGGAAAAGACUUUUUUGCUGGUAGAAUUUGGAGGAAUAAUUGGAGAAAUUGUUAUUAUAAAUGCUUUUCAGAAACACAUUUUCUAGAAUUAAAAAAAAGAUUUUUAAAAGAAUUAGUUAUGUUAAGAAAUAUUUACAAUAAGCCCAUGAUUUUUUACAAUAAAACAUUAGAAUUUAAAGCAGACUAUCAUGCAAAAUUUAAUGCAUUAAUGAACAAACUUUAUGUAGCUGGUGAUGAAAAAAGUAAAGUACAUGAAGUUGCUGCUUUUAUUAGUCCACCAUUUGCUAAUUUACAAUUAAAUAAAUGGUAUAAUGCAUUGUUAGAGGAACGAAGAAAUAGAAAUAAUAAUAUAAAAAUGAGUAAAUUAGAAUCAAAACAGUUUUAUUUAUUACUUUCUUCAAGUAUAAGACAAGUUGGAUUUGGAGUUUAUUUAUUUAAACAAAAAUUAUCUAUUGUAUUGACAUUUAUGUAG